CGUCUCGCAAUAAGCACCGGUGUAUCUAUGCUUUUCCGAAUUUCCCGAUCAAUACUAAGCACGGUGUUGGGGUAUGGCAGCAAAACAACAGUCAUUCGGGGCGUAAGCACCUGCCAACCAAAUAAACCACCGUAUAUAAUGGUUGCAUCCAUAGCAAACCCUGAACCUAAAUACAAAGGAACCCGUCAUAAUGUGGGAUCAUAUAUAUUAGAUCGAAUAGUAACACAAGAAUGGCAAGAAUUCAAGCCUUUUGAAAGUCAUGCCAAUUUACCUCAUGGGAUCUAUAGUACUAGUGUCGAAACGGAGUCUAAAAGAGCCAAUCUCUUCUUCUUCAAGUCAAUUUAUCUGUUCAUGAAUUUACAAGGAAGACCAAUUGCAGAGACUUGGUCUAACUUCUCUCGUGUUCAACUGACCAAAUAUUCUCCUGCCUUAGUCAUUAUACAUGACGAGUUACAGAUCCCCCUUGGAAAGAUACAGAUUCGCCGACAGAAUACCAGUGCCAGGGGCCAUAAUGGGCUACGCUCAAUUAAUGAAUCAAUGGGUAUGGGCUAUACUAAAAUCGGUAUAGGUAUUGGCAAACCAAAAAAUACUACUCAUGAAAAAGGAGUGGCGGACUAUGUUCUUUCAUCCUUCACGCAAGAUGAAUUGAUGUGCCUAGCAUCAAAUGUAGUUCCACAAGUGACCUCUAUUCUUGACGAAAUGGCCUCCGGGAAGCAUGUAUUCGAAGUCUUUGAUCCCCAGACUGAUUCCAAAAGAAAAAAAUCAUAACUGAUUCCAUCUGCGCAUAAAUAUCUACAGAAUUGCAUAAUAUAUCAUUAUAACGUAUCCGUGCAUAGUAG